AAAAAUCCUACAAUUAUCGACAAGUAAAAUAUAUUAUAUCGAUAAAAAAUCAAGCCAGAUAUAGUCAUGGAAUCGCUGGACGAAUAUUUAGAGACUGUGGCUGGUUAUAUAUUCGAUAAUGAUAAAUUGGUAACAUAUAAGUGGCUGAGUAAAGAGCUAGAAGUCCAUGUCAAUAUUGCCAAACAGAUUUUAUGGGAAUUCUGGGAACGAAACAAGAACGAAAAGACCUUCGAUUGUACUUUCCUAAUAAUGGGUAUUCUAGAAAAUGGUGGUAUUUCUGUAGAAGUUGUAAAGGAGAAAGAUUUAUUAAAAGCAAAAGAAAAGUUUACCCAAAUUGUCUCUGAACAUGUUUAUAGUCUCCAGAAAAUGCUUUCUGACAUACAGGUACUUGGACUAGCUGAAACUGGAGAUAUUAGAUACAGUGCUAUUAAGUGUUUUGAAAACAAUGAGCGUAGUGCCGAAGAGAUGCAUGUAUUACGCUGGGGUUCAGCAUCCAAAGAAAUACAGUUAGUUCCUCAAGAAACAGCAAAAUCUGUACCUGAGCCUGUUAAAGAGAAAGAAGAACGUAGUCCGGAGAAAAAAUUGAGUGAUACAAAGAAAAAUAAUCAAAAGAAAGGUUUCAACAAUCUUUUUGGCAAAGUUGGUAACAAACAAAAGAGUCCUUCGUCAGCAUCAUCUAAAACAGACGAAGUAGAUAGGUCUAAUCAGACGAAACAGUCACCCAAGAAAAGUGCGGCCGAGUCAUCUAAAAAGAAUGCGCAGAAGGGUGGACUUGGUAGUUUCUUACAGCAAGGUAAGAAUCAAGUCAAAUCCGCAAAUGCUGUGUCUUCGGAAACCAAGGAAGUAGAAGAGAAAGUAGCAGAGAAAGCUACUUUCAAAAGUAAGGAUAGUAAAAAGGAAAUUACACGAGGGAAAAAACGUAAUCGGAGCAAAGAGGGCAGCUCCGCUACUAAAAAACGAAAGCGCAUUGCAGUACUUAGUGAUUCCAGUGAAUCUGAAUCCGACGAAGUACAAGAAAACCCACCAUCCCCUUCCCCAGAGAAAGUGUCGCCUGUCAGGAUACGUUCUCCGUCUCCGCCGAAAGUUAAACUAGACGGCGGCAAACGCAAAGUUUUAAAAAUGGUAGACAAAACGUUUGAAGAGGAUGGAUAUUUGGUAACGAAAAAGGUACACGUUUAUGAAAGUGUGUCGGAGGAUGAGCCAGAAGAGAAGGAACCAAAAAAAUCUGUAACACCCGAGUCUCGUCCUGAGCCUAAAGGAAAGAAGAUCACGAAACAAACGACAUUAAUGAAUUUUUUUAAAAAGUCGUAGCAUACGUUGUAAUUUUUUACAGCUUGCGUGGGAACUAUCAGAUGCACCAAUGUGUAAUUCAUUAUAUUUUUUAAUUACUAGACGAUCUACUUUAAAGUAAAAAUAUCUUU